CACCAAACCCAAGUUUAUUUAUUUUUUCUGGUAAUCAACAACUAUAUCGCCUCAGGAGCAUAGUGAUCGUCUUCAUAAAAAUUAAGAACCUACUUGGCCUAAAUUGCCAAUUACUUCCUCAAACUACAAGAGCCUAUUUUGCCUGAUUUCAAAAAAUUAAGGUUUUUACACGCGGUUUUUUUUACUGUGUUCCAGUAGCCCCUCCCCAAAUAUCCUCAAAAUAGUUAUCCCGUUAGUUUUGACCUAAACAUAUAUCCCUUAUUUAGAAACCCCCGAAAGAAAAAAACCCUAAAAGUCUUUACCUACUCUACUAAUUUCACUAAUGUUGGAAACCAGCGUUUAUUCGUGACUGUGCUUUAUUGCUAAAUUUCUUAUACCAGGUUACGAGGAACUCACCAUGAACAGAUCUAUAAAUAUUCAAUGCUUUGGAAACGGCAUAACCAUUUUGUUAACAAAGAAACAUCUUCCAAGCUUCAAUCACAGCUCCUUCCACCUUAACAACAACUCAUGCACUGGACACCGGCUUAACCACAGUCAUAUUAUUUUACAAACUGGACUGAGUGAUUGCGGAACAAUCAAGCGAAGUUUCAAUGGCUCAUAUAUCUACGCAAAUUUGGUACAUGGAUAUCUCAAUAACCCAAAAAAUUGCAGCUCAAAGAACAUAACUACAACCUUUGCUGUGGAAUGCAAACAGCCUUCUGCACUAGCAAUGAAAAACAAAACGACUUCGGAAUUUGGUAAAAAUUUGCCCAAAGUUGGAAGCGAAGAGGUUUAUGCUAAACCGGAAUCAAAGCUACAAACGAUGCCGCUCCUUGCACAUGAAGGUUGGGGAAGAAAGUACAAGUCUUUCAACAAACAAGUCUUUGAAGAGCGCAAGCGUAGCGCCGAAGAGAUCGCGAAGAAACAAGAGCGCUUCAGCGACAACCUCCAGGGUCUGGAGUCGGAGAAGGACAAAUCGCGUAUCACCUUGUGAUAGUGGCAGUGCAGGAGACGCAGGUUGCAUUAACGCAUCACAAGAAGGCUCACAUCAUUCAUCUCGUGCAAGCCAGCCUUCAGAUAGCUCCUGCUUGUCUGAAAGUUACGUGGGAACCUUAAGCAGUAGCUCAAUCUUUGAAGAGUAUUUCAGUGGCAGCUGUGAGCCGUUUGAUCAAAACCAGAAGACCAGAACACCAAGCCCGUUUAUCCAGCCUGGCAUUACAAAGGGAAGGCUUAUUAUUGUACAGCCCUGUCGAAGCAUGUCAUCGACGUCGUACGAAGAAAAUUCACCCGUGAAUGUCCCUUGUGGAAGCCCAGCUAAAAUACCCUUCAAUGAAGAACCUGAGGCAGUGGAAUCUUUGGAAGUAUGCAGCUCUACGAGUUCUAUUGGCUCCUGGACGGACGACCCUCUAGAUAUUGAGCUCGAUGAGCAGAGCGAAGAGGAAUCGUGCCAGGUUUUUCCGUACGCUGGAAUUUAAACAAUGUCUUUUGAUAGCUGAGUUUGUUUUGUCAAACUCUGUGAACCUUUGCUUAGCCUGGAUAUAGUUUUGGAAAAGACUAAAAACUUUCUUUGGCAGACAGUGAAAAUAUGUUUAACGAUGUAUGUGUUGAGCUGAGAUAAUGACACUGCAUAAGUACUGAUGAAGGGUGAGAGAGUUGAUCCCUUAUUUCCAAGGAAAUCCUUCUCAAGUUAUUUAAGGACAUGGGUGCCAGUUCUUCCGAGGAGAACAUUAUCACGCUCGUUGCGCGGAUGUUCUCUUGGAGGAUGAAAACAGAGUUGAGCCGCUUUUGCUGUUCACGUGAUCAACUGCUCGUGUCAAGCCCUCCUGAGAUUUCCAAAUCUAGGAGUGGUCUAAAAAAUAACUUUAGAGGAAUUACCUUGGGAAUAAAGCCAAUAUGGAGGAUUAACUGUCUCCCCCUUUAUGCUCUCUUGGACUACACAAGAAGAGCUUCCAUGCUGAAGAGCAUGGAACUGAGGCUCGAAUCAACAGCCUCCCGGAUCUGACGUCACUAGACUUCAGCCCUGAAGAGCGGAAGUACCAGUGACGUCGAUCCGGAGGCGACAGGGAAACGCUCAGCACAUACACUCUGGCUCCUGGACUGGUUUUCACCUGUCUAUGGCCCUAACAUAACGAACUGAUGUCGAUUUUAGA